AUGCCCCCAGGAGGCCAUAGGUGCCCCCAGGAGGCCACAGGUACCCCCAAGAAGCCACAGAUGCCCCCCAGGAGGCCACAGGUGCCCCCAAGAAGCCACAGAUGCCCCCAAGAAGCCACAGAUGCCCGCCCCCAGGAGGCCACAGGUGCCCCCAAGAAGCCACAGAUGCCCCCAAGAAGCCACAGAUGGCCCCCAGGAGGCCACAGAUGCCCCCCAGGAGGCCACAGGUGCCCCCAAGAAGCCCCAGAUGCCCCCAAGAAGCCACAGAUGGCCCCCAGGAGGCCGCAGAUGCCCCCAAGAAGCCACAGAUGGCCCUCAGGAGGCCACAGAUGCCCCCAAGAAGCCACAGAUGCCCCCAAGAAGCCACAGAUGGCCCCCAGGAGGCCGCAGAUGCCCCCCAGGAGGCCACAGGUGCCCCCAAGAAGCCCCAGAUGCCCCCAAGAAGCCACAGAUGGCCCCCAGGAGGCCACAGAUGCCCCCAAGAAGCCACAGAUGGCCCCCAGGAGGCCACAGAUGCCCCCAAGAAGCCACAGAUGGCCCCCAGGAGGCCACAGAUGCCCCCAAGAAGCCACAGAUGGCCCCCAGGAGGCCACAGAUGCCCCCAAGAAGCCACAGAUGGCCCCCAGGAGGCCACAGAUGCCCCCUAAUACAAGCUUAGUUCCAACGUUCGCCAGCCUCUCGCUGGGCGACCUAUAUGACAAUCUUUGGACAUAUGUGAAGCUGACGAGCAUCAGAAGAGCCACUAAGGACUCUUCAGAAGAAGGUAUUUAG